UUUUCAUUUAAAAAGUAAAACCAUUUUGUCAAAUGGCGUCCUCAGAUCUCCAUCGCUACUUUGAAUCUCCGAUCGUCUUCAUUCCACUCUCUGUGACGCCAACUAUUCUCCGGUGAAUUUUCGGCUUCAUUCUCACGGAUUAGCAAUCGGCGGUUAUGUUUCUCGUCGAUUGGUUCUACGGCGUCUUAGCAUCGCUCGGCCUUUGGCAAAAAGAGGCCAAAAUUCUCUUCCUCGGCCUCGAUAAUGCCGGCAAAACCACUCUCCUUCACAUGUUGAAGGACGAGCGAUUAGUGCAACACCAGCCGACUCAACACCCGACCUCAGAGGAGUUGAGUAUUGGGAAAAUUAAGUUCAAGGCCUUUGAUCUUGGAGGCCACCAGAUCGCUCGCAGAGUCUGGAAAGAUUAUUAUGCUAAGGUGGAUGCAGUAGUUUACCUGGUUGAUGCUUAUGACAAAGAGCGGUUUAUCGAGUCGAAAAAGGAGCUCGAUGCUCUCCUUUCGGAUGAAGCGCUAGCUGAUGUUCCUUUCCUCUUGCUCGGAAACAAGAUUGACAUCCCAUAUGCAGCAUCCGAGGACGAGCUAAGAUUUCACCUGGGUUUGACCAAUUUCACAACUGGCAAGGGAAAGGUUAAUCUUACGCAGACUAAUGUUCGACCGCUCGAGGUUUUUAUGUGUAGCAUUGUCCGCAAGAUGGGUUAUGGGGAUGGGUUCAAAUGGCUCUCCCAAUAUAUCAAGUAGUAUCAAAAUUGGUAAUUAGCAUCCAUUGUUCCCAUAUAGGUUAUCGUUUGUGCCUGAAAGAACGUAGUUUGAGGGAGAAAAUUGUUCACAAGGUUGGCAACUUUUGUGUUGGAACUAGGCUUUGUUGUCAUCAUAUUCUCUGAUUAUUGUUUUUUGUGACAUUAUAUUGCUUUAAACUCUCAAUAAAGUCCGUAGAUCAAUGAGUUCUAUAGAA